ACGCUCAUCAAAUCACACAGAACCGGAACAGUGAACCACCGGAAGAUUGAAGGCAAAUUUCAGGCAUUGUGCCAGUUAUUUGAGCCUGUCGCGUGCGAUGUUGUGAUGCUGAGAUAUAAUCUCUUGGGAUCGCUGAGUGAAGCGUUUCCUAGUAUGGGUUGUUGCCACAGCUCUCGUGAAAGUAUUGGAAGCGUUAGUGAACGCAAAGGUACACAGAAGAGCCGGCUGAGCACCGAAAAGAUACGAUGGAAAUCGGAUGUGCCACUGACAUUUGGGCAGCUGGUUAGUAAGAGAGAUGAAUUUUGGGACACCGCUCCCGUUUUUGAAGGUCGAAAAGAAAUUUGGGAUGCACUUCGUGCGGCAGCCUCUGCAUUUGAAGCCGAGGAUUUUGAUCUUGCUCAGGCUAUCUUGGACGGUGCUAACAUUAUGUUACCCACAGGUUCGCUCGUCGAGUGCUACGAUGAACUCGGCAAUCGGUAUCAGCUCCCGGUAUACUGCUUAUCGCACCCGCUGAAUCUUGUGAAGGAGUCUCUCGAUUCAGAAGAUUCUCUGUCCGACGUAGCAGAACCUGAAUCUUCAAAGGCAGAUGUCUUCUUAUGUUGUCGUCUGUCUUCUACUGGCAAAGAUGAUAAAUUAGCUGUCCGGCUUUGUGACACCAUAAGGAUUGCCAAGCGACGCUUGCAGCUGCAACAGGGAAUGGAGUAUGAGCCUAGUUCUCAACGGUGGUUUUACGGAGGAAAGUUGCUCUCUGACAGCACUACAGUUGAAGACUGCAAAAUUCCUGCCGGGCAUGUGAUACAAGUGAUUGUUAAUCUUGCCUCUCCACCGCAAACCAUGGAAAUGAGCUGCAUGGGACGACGAACCACGGCUUCACUCAUGAGUGACAAUCUCGAGCGACCCGCAACUUCUCCUGCUUUAGAUCCCAUGACUCAAGUUGAAAUCCUGGGACAAAGAGUUUUUAUUUACGGUAUUCACAUCCAGCUGGGAGUUUGCGGUGUUCUGGACAUGGAUCUCAAUGUAAUUUCAUUCCACGGUACCGGCUUCAAUCGUGUCGCCGAACGAGUGGCAUGGAAGACUUUUCAUAUCACCAUGUUCAGCAUUGACGCAGAUGAUGAAAGAAGUCAGUCAAUCGAAGGCUGGGAUUCCGAAAAAUCCCCGUUGGAAUCCCUGGCCGAAAUAAAAGUGGCUGUUGAAAGUUCAGAACAGUACUUGAAAUUCCUGGUUGAAGAGAAAAACAAAGUUGAAGCCCGAGUUCGGAAUAUUGAGAACCAACUGGAUGAGAAUUUCGUGAAGGGCUCGGAGGAUUUGAAGAAUCUCCUACAAUCUUGUUUGAGUUUUCACUCCGAUUUUGGUUUCCCGUCAAAAGUUUUUCGGAAGCAAAAGGAGGAAUUUUUUCGGGACUUGGAAGAAAAGAGAAAUGAGCUGGAAAAAGUGGUCGCCUCUCCGCAGCCAGAUGUGAUCGCCUUACAUUCCAAGUGGGAUGAACUAAAGAGGGAAGAAGCUGCUUUGUUGAGGAAAAAAGCUACGCUUGAAGGGGAAACUAACGAAGUGAAAUCUUUGGAGAAUUGCUUGCAAGCAUUAACUAAGCAAUAUGCCAGAGAAAAAGAGGCCGAACUGCUCGCUCUGAAUCGGUUUUGCUGCUCCAAUAUCAAAUUU